UUUCUCAUCAAUUUAAUAUCAUUCAAAUUAUAAAGUUUCACUUAAUAUACUCAACUCAUCAUGGUUUCGAGUGGUGUACAAGUUGUGGGCACAACAUAUAGCACAUACGUGAACCGGGUUCAAAUAGCUCUCAAUUUAAAAUCCGUCGAUUUCGAGUUCAUCAAGGAGAAUCUAUUCUCCAAAAGUGAUCUUCUCCUCAAAUCCAACCCUGUUAACAAGAAAGUGCCUGUUCUGAUCCACGACGGUAAGUGCAUUUGCGAAUCCCUUGUUAUUGUUCAAUACAUCGACGACACCUGGACUCGUAAUGGCUACUCUCUUCUCCCUUGUGAUCCGUAUGAUCGGGCUGUUGCUCGAUUUUGGGCUGCAUAUUUCGAUGAAAAGUGGAUUCCAAUGUGGAGGGAGAUUAGUACCGCAGAAGGAGAAGCCAAGGAGGCAGCCGUGGCGCGGGCAGUAGAAGGGCUGGUGCUAUUGGAUGAGGCAUUUGUUCAAAUAAGCAAAGGGAAGGCUUAUUUUGGCGGAGAUGAAAUCGGUUUUCUUGACAUUGUUAUUGGAACCAUGGUGAAUUGGAUUAAAGCAAGAGAGGUAAUGGCAAAUGUGAAGCUGCUUGACGAAACUAAAAUUCCAGGACUGGUUAGAUGGGUGGACAAAUUUAUUUCUAACGAUGUUGUUAAGAAUAUUUUGCCCAGCACUGAUGAAGCUGUGGAGGUCAUGAAUUACUACAGAGCUAGAGCAGUGGCUGCUAGGGCUGAGCAAAAAACCGAAUUAAAACCGAAACCGAACCGAAACCGAAGAAAACCGGGAAAAACCGAUCCGAACAAAACCGAACCGAAACCGAAACCGAAAAUUUUAAAACCGAUCCGAACUUAAUGGUUGGGUUCCGGUUAUACGUCUCAACCGAACCGAUAAAACCGAACCGAACCGGUUAUUAAAAUAUAAUUCAAAUAAUAAAUAUUUUAUAUAUAAUUUAUAUAUAUAUAACAACUGAGAUUUGUUAUAUCCAAUUUAUUUACUCCACAUCUGCAUUAGUUUAUACUUCCAGGCCCCUGCUUACUGAAAUAUUAACCUGACAUUAUGAUACUUUUUAUUAGAUAGUCCAUCACUGGUUUUGGACCUUUUUAUUUUUAUAUCUAUGAUCUAGGAUGGGGAGGCAAGCAAUACACAAUCCUUUGUGAUUUUGGCAGAAGUGAAAUAUUUAGCUAAAUGUGGAAACUUAAAUCAUCUUUUUAUGAAAUUCUAACUUGAUUCUCUCAUCUGCAAGCCUGAAACAUAAAAUGCAUUCCUCCUAUUAUUUGUGUUAAAUUACGAUGUAAAUUUAUAUAUUUUUGUAUUGCAAUUAUCAGCCUAUUUUGUA